AAAAGCAGAAAAAUACUAAGGUGACCUCUGUAACCCUUUAUCAUAGGAAAUGUGACAUGCAAAACGCAUGCAAUAUGCUGGAAUGUGCUGUAUACGUCAUCUGAGGGCUGAAGGAGUGAGAACAUUUCAUGAAGCUAAGAAAUUAGCUAAAUAAAGCGGGUCUGCCGGACUAUACCUUGUGGCUGAUGGGUAACGUCCCCACUGCAGUAAAGCAUUGUCUCAGCUACCAACACCUUCUAAAAGAUCCUAUCUGGUUUGGAGAUGUAACAACUUCUCAAGAGGAGCCAUGUGCCAGUGGGCUUCCCAAGUAUGUAAAAAUAGUGGAAGUCGGACCAAGAGAUGGUUUACAAAAUGAAAAGGCUUUUGUACCAACUGCCACUAAAAUUGAGUUAAUCAACCGCCUAUCAGAAGCAGGUCUAUCUGUCAUUGAAGUAACCAGUUUUGUAUCUUCCAAAUGGGUGCCACAGAUGGCAGAUCACACUGAAGUCAUGCAAGGAAUAAAAAUGUCCAGUGGCAUACACUAUCCUGUUCUUACUCCAAAUAUCAAAGGAUUUCAAUCUGCAAUUGCUGCCGGAGCCAAAGAAGUAUCUGUAUUUGGAGCAGCAUCUGAGACAUUUAGUGAGAAGAACAUUAAUUGUUCUAUUGAGGAAAGCAUGGGAAGAUUUGAAGAAAUCAUAAAGUCUGCUCACAGUAUAAAUGUCCCAGUACGAGGAUAUGUGUCUUGUGUAAUAGGCUGCCCGUAUGAAGGAAACAUUGAAGCUCGUAAAGUAGCUGAGGUAUCUAAAAGACUGUACAGUAUGGGUUGCUAUGAGAUCUCACUUGGAGAUACUAUUGGUAUUGGAACUCCAGGUAGCAUCAGAAACAUGCUGGAAGCUGUGAUGAAAGAGGUUCCAGCCCAUGCCCUGGCUGUUCACUUUCAUGACACUUAUGGACAAGCCCUUGCCAAUAUUCUUACUGCAAUACAGAUGGGGGUCAGUGUUGUUGACAGCGCUGUUGCUGGACUUGGAGGAUGCCCUUAUGCAAAUGGUGCCACAGGGAAUGUGGCUACUGAAGAUGUGUUAUAUAUGCUUAAUGGCCUUGGCAUUCAUUCGGGGGUUGAUCUCAACAAAGUAAUGGAAGCUGGUCAUUUUAUUUGUUCUGCAUUAAAUAAGACGACAAAUUCCAAAGUUUCUUUAGCAACAUUUUCUCUGUGAACAUACUCUUGUGCCUGCCUAAUGAAUAUAGCAUCAGCUUUCUCCUAUUAAGCUAAAUUCCAUGAAUUACAUAGAAUCUAUUUUAAAAUAUAGUUUUAUUUAUUUUCUAAACUGAACUAGAAAAUCAGUUAGAAACUGAAAUUAUUAACAUUUUUCCAUCAUCUAUUUUGUAUAUGCCGCAAUAUACAUGUACAGUAUAUACAAUGUUAGUGUUACAGCUUAAGUGAAUGCUGAAAGAAUUGUGUAAAGUCUGGAAACAGUAUAGCAGCUACAACAUUGAAAAGAACACAAAAUCUAGAUGAGGCCAAAUAUGUGUACUUGUGACUAUGCAUACUUACACUUGCAGGUUUAUGACUAUUUGGCUAAUCUUUAGUAACUAACAUUUCAAAAGUCCAAAUCUGGACAUUUAAAGGGAUAUCCUAACAUCAGGUUGUUUAGAAAAAAAAAUACAUACAGCAUUGUUUGCGUGUCUUCCCCAGUUAUGAAACCACCAAAAAUAAUAUAAUCAUUGUGCUUCCUGGUUAAGCAGUUGCUCAGUGCUAACAUUCCCAGAAUGCAAUGGUUUCCCUCGGUUUUUUAUCACAGCCAUUCCUGAUUUCUCCUACUAGUUUCCAUCUAGAGCUACUGUAGAAUAAAAGCUGCUUUAUUCAUUUCCUGUCUGCUCCUCUACCUGUGACAUUGUUCAGCUGCUAUAAACAUACCUCAUUCUUCCUUGAAUGUCCCAAUAAAAAUGUUUAUGUAUAUGACAGGGAGAUGGUGAUGUUAGCUGUAGGGACUGGUCAGAGGUGGUGAAAUCAUAGGGUCCAGCCAUGUCUCCUGAGACAGCACAGUAUGAUGCACCAUCUCGGGAAAAAUUAAGGAGCUGGAGACACAACUACAUUGAAAUGAUAAAACUAACAACCUCCUGUCAGGACGGAAUUGCGCCAAAGCGUGCUAAAGCCAGUACAAUUUGUGAUAACACUAUAUUUGUAGUUACAUAUCUUGGUGUGUUAGUUUUAUUUAAAAACAAUUUUCUGAUAAUAGAAUACCCAUUUAAAUGGCCAUUAUCACAAAAUGUUAUUUUUUUUUGUUAAAUCCAAUAGAGCACUAUAAAAUAUGAUUAUUUGUAAAUACAUUCAUUUAUUUUUUUCAUUGAUUUAACUUAAAAAUCUCCUGUAUAAAACUGGCCACUAGGGGUCCUCACAAAAGAGUCCCAUGCUGAUCUCUGCCCGUCACCAUGUAAAAACUGAUAGUGGCAACACUCUGGCCUGUCGGAAUACAGGAAGUGAGGGUGGGCUUUAGAAGGCUUUGUGCGCGCUCCCGGCCAAUCACUCAGCACAAGGAGAAACAGAGGGAGGCAUUAAUUCAUGCACCGUGCUGCAGCUGCUCAUCCAUCCAUGACAGGUACUGCCUGGGGCUAAAGCUCUAUCCUAGUUAAAGUACUCGACUGGCUGGGAUUUUUAGUCUCAUUAUGCAAUAUGAAAGAGGAGCAGAGGAUUAUAUAUAUAUAUAUAUAUAUAACAUGAAGGAAUACAUUUUUAUACUUUUUUGCAAUUUUGGAGUGCUGCGCCAUUGUUUUAUAUAUAUAUAUAUAUAAAGACAAGUAGAAGCGGCACACCAGUAUACCAAUGAAAGCGUGGGUUUAUUCACACAUCUGUGCAGAAAAGCUACGUUUCGGCUCAACAAUAGAGCCUUUCUCAAGCAUAUCAAACAUUGUACAAGCGUGUGUAUAUAUAUAGGCCUUUCAAUUGAAUACACAAAUGAGGUGUGCCCAAACCAAAAUCAAAACAAUAUAGAAAAAUACUCAAAUAGACCAUCAUCGGUCUCAUAUAUACGUGUUGUGAAUACAGCGGUAUACAAUCAUAUAUAGUGCUUACAUAUUAUUCAUACAAUACAGUGAUUCAAUAGUGUACCGUGCAUGUAAACUCUAAUAGUUCAUCUGAGGUCCGGUUCAAGAGGCGGCGUUCACUUGUUGACAGCAGCGUAGAUAUCCAAUCGGUGUCAACUUCCGCUGAAAACAGGGUGUUUGUACACAAACCCAGUGCGCAGGUACCGAUUCACUGCAUCCGGUCGUCGCCGGAAAUCGUCACCAGUUGCCGGGUAAGUGAUAAUUCAGCUUAAGGUGUCCAUAUUCCCACAGCGCAUGUGCCAAUAUUCUGUGCGCACGCGCACAACAACAAUUAAAGUACGGGCGCCAUGUUAAGUACUGGCAAAUUUACGGGCAAGAUAAAGUACUACGGAUGACCAUAUUAAAGAAAAAUUGUGGGCAAGACUAAUAAUUAAAUAAAUAUAUCAUUUACUAAACUCAAAAGGUGUAGCACAAUACAUUGUAUAUGGUUUGCGGCCAUGGCUCAUUUCGUAGGGGUCUGUCCUUUGGACGGAAACCAGUUAUAUUGGUAGCAUAAUCUGACAUCACUUUCAUAUCAGGUCUACAACCUGUUCUUAGGGGACCACCACCGUGUUCUGGUCCCAAGACUAGGACUCAUUCACUAUGUGGUUCCAUUUUUAAUUCGUCAGUGCUGCCCACUGGGACAUGCAUAACCCCCACUAUGCGCUCCCUAAUACAAUGUGAUUAAACUAAUACCUCAUGCCCUCUUCUAAACUAGGUCAUCCCCAAUACUAUAAUCAAGAUCCCAUAAAAAACUGCAAUCAUGAAAUGGUGUGGGAUGUUCGACAUCCUACAAUACCGUGUAUAUUCAUCAGGAUCCAUAUGGUGGUCACAGGUGCAAUGCCGACUUGUCUCCGGACCCAGAUGGUGAGUAUCUAGAAAUAUAGAAAGGCAUAGUGUAAGUGACAAAUUAAAAAAACAUUUUUUUUAAAAGUUACAGCACCAUUACUACGGAGUAGCUAACAUAACAUAUAUAUAUAAGGGAACAUCAUUGGCUCUGCAAUUUCAAAGUUCCUAAAGAAUCUCAGAAACGUAAAUGUAUUCUCAGUAGAAGUACCUAAUUAAAGGCACGAACAGGAAAAUCUAUGUUAAGGCCAUUUGGAUGUAAUGAAUUUAAUUUGUCAAUCCACAUCACCUCUCUUUGUUUGAGAAUUCUUUGUCUAUUCCCUCCUCUUUUGGGCAUGGGGACAUGUUCAAUAAUAGUGAACCUAAGCUGAUUCACAUUAUGACCAAACUCUAGGAAGUGUCUUGGGAUGGGUAGUUCCGUUUUUUUAGUCCUGAUGGAGGAUUUGUGAUUAUUGAGUCUAGUCUUACAUGAAUUGCUAGUUUCCCCUACAUAAAUUAAAUUGCAGGGGCAAAUAAUCACAUAGAUCACAUAAUCUGUCUUACAGGUAACAUGAUGCCUAAUGUUGUAUUUAUAUUUAGUUUGAGGGUGGGUGAAACAGUCACCGUUGAUCAUGAGACUACAAUUCUCACAACUGAGACAUGGAUAACAUCCAGAUCUCAGUUGUGUGGCCAAAUCAUGUUUAACUGAAAAAAUAUCUGAUUUCACAACCUUGUCUCUCAAACUGGCUGAUCGUCAAUAUGAAAACAAUGGGGGAGUCUGAAGUUCCGGUACAUUUGUAUACGAGUGUGAUAUCACUGACCAAUGUUUGUGAAUAAUCUGUGCCACCUCUUUACUGUAUCCAUUGUAAGUGGAGAUGAAGGGUAUCCUAUUUUGGUGAUCUACCCUGGGUGUUGUCUGCAGUAGUGUAGACCUAUCUAAUCCUCUCGCUUUUUCUUGUUGUUCCCUAAUGAGUUUUUUAGGGUACCCUCUAGACAUGAACUUAUCUUUCAUGUCAACUAAUCUCUGUUCAAGGUGUACUGGGUUAUCCACUAUCCUUUUGACUAUCCUUUUAGGAUGUAGACUAUUAUAAUGGAGUAAGCUGUUCCUGUCCGUGUCCUUCACACACAAGUCAGUUUUGAGUCUCCCUCCUGCUACAUAUACCCAGGUAUCUAAGAACUGUAUACCUUCCUUAGAAUGCACCAUGGUAAAUUUAAUGUCCUGAUCAAUACAGUUGAGGAAAUUAAAGAACUCCCCCAACUGUAUCUCAUCGCCACUCCAGAUGGCAAAGAUGUCAUCUAUGUAUCUCCACCACUUCAGCACAAGGGUGUGCCGCUUCUACUUGACUUUACAUAUUAUUUGGGAGUUGGUCGGUUCCCAAAGCUUGGCACCCGGGCAGAUCUGGAAUCCUGGUGCACGGUGCUCCCCCUGAUCUAUUAUUGCUACUAUAUAUAUAUAUAUAUAUAUAUAUAUAUAUAUAUAUAUAUACACACUCCAAGUAGAGCAGCACUCCAAAAAUCUGAAAAUAGAGAUAAGGUGCAAGCUGUAUGGGAGCCCGGGUUAGAGGAUCCACUUCACAUAAAUUUCCAAGAAGCAGCAGCAC